AUGUCUACGCUCCGUGGCUGCAAAGCACGCUUGACCAACGCGAUCAACAAUUUGACGCGGCUGGUCAACUCGGCGAACUCCAACUACCCGACCAUCUUCCGUUCGGACGCCCACCCUGCAGUACAGCUCCGCACUCUCCAGUGUCGAAUCGAGGACAUGGGAAACGCCAAGAUCUCCAUUGAAAUAGCAUUGGAGACAUUCCAACAGCGCCACGAACAUGCCAUAAGCUUUAUCGAAAACCAACCAAACGCCAUAGAGCUUAUGGAUGCCUUUGACAUCUACUAG